CUCGAGGGCCGAUGUUUAAAUUUUUAAAAUGAUAUCGAUAUUCGGAAAGUUUCAAAUAUGAGAUACGCACAACUCGUAAUAGGGCCUGCUGGUAGUGGAAAAUCUACUUACUGCAGUACUCUUGUUCAACAUGGAGUUGACGUGAAAAGAAACAUUGAGGUUGUAAAUUUGGAUCCGGCUGCCGAGCAUUUCAAUUAUACCCCAAUAGUAGACAUAAGGGAGCUGAUUCAUGUACAGGAUACGAUGGAAGAUGAAGAACUUCAGUUUGGGCCAAAUGGUGGACUAGUAUUCUGUAUUGAAUACCUUCUUGAAAAUUCAGACUGGUUACAUGACAAACUGGGUGACCAAGAUGAUGACUACAUUUUAUUUGAUUGCCCUGGACAAAUUGAAUUAUAUACUCAUCUCACGGCAGUGAAGAAAUUAGUGAAACAAUUACAAGAUUGGCAGUUCAAUAUUUGUUCAGUUUUUCUUGUUGAUGUACAGUUUAUGACAGAUGGACCUAAGUUUUUGUCUGGGACUAUGGCUGCUUUGAGUGUAAUGGUGAAUUUGGAGCUCCCACAUGUUAACCUUCUAUCCAAAAUGGAUCUUCUGAGUAGAGGUGCCAGAAAGAGGCUAGACAGGUUCUUAGAACCUGACUCACAUUCUAUCUUGGGAGAUAUUGAACUCUCUGGUGGUUCAGUAUUCAACAAAAAGUACAGCAAAUUAACAGAAACUAUUGGAAAGCUAAUUGAAGAUUAUUCAUUGGUUAGAUUCAUUCCACUUAAUUUGAAAUCUCUUGAGAGUAUAGGCGAUGUGUUGAUAACUAUUGACAAUGUAAUACAAUAUGGUGAAGAUCAAGAUGUGAAAACAAAAGAUUUUGAGGAAGCAGAUGAGGAACCUGAUGAAUGAAUUGAAGUUUGAUAUCAUUUUAUAUUUUCUUCACUAGUUUAAGUCAUUUUGAAUACAAUAAAUAACCAUUAUCUAAGUAUUAUGUUGAGCAAAUAGUUUUGCAUCACCCCAUUUUACAUACUUUGUAGUAGUUUCCUGAGAACUUUCAUAAUGUUUGUAGUGCCAAUGAGAGGAUAAUACAUAAAAAUAGUGCAAAUGACUAGACAAGUACCUAAAUGAACUGUGAUCAGAUAAUAAGGUGAAUUAAUAGAUACAUGUGCACCAGUUGGUACAGAACUUUUUUAGUUGUGUAUACACUCCUCACCUUGAAUUUUGCACUCAAAAGAUAUGAUGUUUUUGAGACAGGUGUUUCUGAAAAUUGUCCAAUUUGAACAUGGUAUUAGGUUUAUUUCAUCAAAAAGGCAAUUCAAAGAAGUAUCUGUGGAAGUUCCUUGGGGGCAAAUAUCAGGAAAAUGGUGGGAGCCAUUUGAUACUAGGCCUAUUUUAUCAAUUCAUGGAUGGCAGGAUAACUGCCAAUCAUUUGACAGGCUAAUACCCCUAUUAAAUGAAGAUGUGGGAUUCCUAGCUAUAGAUUCGGCAGGUCAUGGAUACUCAUCCCGUCUACCUCCUGGCAUGCUUUACCACCAUAUAAAUCAUUUAAUAACUAUUCGGAGUGUAGCAAACUAUUUCAAUUGGCCCAAAGUAUCGCUUAUGGGACAUUCUCUCGGAUCGAUCAUGUCUUACAUGUAUUCUUCGCUUUAUCCUACUGAAAUAGACUUCCUUAUAUGCCUAGACGCAAUUAGGCCUAGACAAACAACUAAUGUACUUCCAGAAAUUACAAAGACAAUAGAACUUUAUAUGAAAACUGAUGAGUUUAUGAGAAAAGGACACGAACCGCCAAGUUACUCAAUUGAAGAAAUCAAAAAAAAAUUAUCAGAGCCCAUUGAGAAUUCUAUCUUGUUGGAAUAUACGCAAUUUUUGAUGGAGAGAGGAAUUGCACCAUCAAAAAAGUACCCAGGAAAAUACUACUUUACAAGAGACCCUAGAGUAAAAAUCUCAAAUUUUUUUGUUAUCAGUGACGAAGAAGUAUCACAAAGUAUACCGCUGAUGAAAAUGCCAAUAUUUUUUGUGAAAGCAUCAGAUUCACCCUAUUUUUUUGGCAAAACGGAGAUAUUUUUCGAAUUUCUGGACGCUCAUCGAAAAAAUAAUACUAAUUUUGAACAUCAUUUCAUCGAAGGUACACACCAUGUUCAUCUGAAUAAUCCUGAACGUGUUGCACCUCUGGUGAAAAAUUUCAUUAAAAAAUACAAUGUUGGAGACAGAAGCCAGGGCGGUCUUCCAGAAAAUAUUGUCCAGAAUAUUGAUGCUACUCAAAUGUGGAGUGAUAACAACUUUGAGAAAGACUCAAAUUGAAUUAUAAAUGCGAUGUGUAUACAAGUGCUUUUCUUUUAUGUCGAUCCCCCUAACAACUUUGAAAAAGACUCAAAUUAAAUUAUAAAUGAGAUGUGU